UAGCUUUCAUGUGACUUCACUUGAUGUGAGGAUGGCGGAAGUUCCCAGUCGGUUUAGAUGUUCCUUAGCAAUGGAGAAGUUUGCAGUUUUAUUUGUAUUUUCUUUAUUAUAUACCUGCAGAGCACAGGUGCCUUUAAUCAUGUGGACCAGUAAUGGGUACACUUUGCCAACCCUGCUUGAACCAUCAGCUGGCGAGGUCGUCUCCGGUGCGAAGUUGGCGUCCUAUCUGAAAACGGCAUUGCCAACUUCACCACGCAACGUGCUGCUGUUUUUACAGGACGAGUUAAGCAUGGAUGAUUUCACAGCAUAUGGAGGUGUGUACGGCAACAAGGAAGACAGCGCCUUUGUGAACCUAGAGUCUGCAUUGCAGGCAUCUACUCCCAUGGUGCUGCCAGCUCUGGCCUGGACUGCUGCCGACUCGGUCGAGAAGAUCUUCCAGCAAGAGCUGGGAGUUCCAGCACUGAUCACUGCAGCGUCAGAAGUCAGCCAGCUUCAGCUGAACACAGCACAGCCUUUGCUACUGAUCAUCAAGCUCCCAUACACCGCUGGCGCCAACUCAAAAGAACUUCUUAGGAAAAAUGGUGAGUUGUCUCCUUUUCCCUCUACAUCUGUAAAGUGUGUAAUGUCUGCAGUUACUAAUUGCCUUCUUUUGGUAGAUGAGACCAUUGGAAAUGUCCUGACUGCACUGCGAGCUCAGAGUGUGCCUUACACCGCUGUAUACACCGGCCUGAGACCUUCUCAUGUGAUUCAGGACACGUCCACAGCUUGGGAAUCAGCAGGACGCUCACUGCUGCAGGCGACACCAGAUCCAGCUGUUAAACCUCCAGUGACUUUCAACAAUACAGAAGGAAAGAGUUGUAUCCUGCUCUGGGCCGAUAAACUAAACGUCGCCUAUGACAAGGGCGGGUUUUUUGAUUUGGGUUCUCUUACUUUCAAUGGCUCAGUCUCUCUAGACGGUUCUUCCUGUAACGAGACCGUAUCCAGACUUGUCCUGAAUUACCAAAAUGUUCUGAGUUUCAAAUCCUUCCAGCUUAUCUUCUCCAUGCGCAAGAUCUUCUUCCCCGUGUCGGCUCGUAACUGGACGGUCAUGGAGCGGGUGCAGCUGAACUACGACGGCGAGACGGCCAACUUCAAUGGCAGUCGUGGAAUCUAUUCUCCCGCUGAAUAUUCCUUCCACUGUCAAAUAGUGAGCAAUGCACAGAGCGCACUACUGGUACCACGCACUCUGACAGACAACGCCACCCGCUGGAGCAUCCUCUUCACUGACUUCCAGAUCCAGGGCUUCAACGUGACAGGGAAUUUCUCAUACGCCAGCGACUGUGCCAGUUUCUUCACACCGGGAAUCUGGAUGGGGCUGCUCACUUCUCUGCUCAUGGUAUUCAUCCUCGCCUACGGCCUGCACAUGAUCAUGCAGCUGCACACCAUGGACCGCUUCGACGAUCCGAAAGGCCCGAGCAUUUCAGUGCCUCAGACAGAGUAAUUCGAAGCCAAACUAUUACUUUCCGGUGUUUGAUUUUUGUUUUGUUUUGAUUGUGCUGACCUCGAUUGGAAACCUGUUUUCAUUCCACGUUGUAUCCUGUCAUCAGCGCUACAGCCUUGUGCUGUUUCAGGUAGUUUAUCACUUGGUUUUGCUGACGUUUGUUACAGAAAAGUAAUUUCCCUUUAUGAUGUAAGUAUUCAUUGUAUAAAAUAGUUAGCUGUUCUCUUAAUAGUUUUCUAUUGCCUUUCUGACACUGAAUGUCUUCUACAAUGACGAGUUGUUUUUCAUAAGAGUUGUAGCACUUGCCAAAAAUGCCAUAAGCCAAAUUUACUACUGAAGUAAAAUGCCUUCAGUUUUACUUUUUUUUUUUUUUUUAAAUACUACAGAAGUGUCUUUUAGUCAUUAAUCUCUGUAAAGAGCUGAUGUGUAGUACUAAAUCUUCCCUAAACUUCCCACCUUCUUUCACAUCCCUGAGUUAUAGGAGUGGUGUUCAGUUAGACAAAACUAAACAAUGGUGUGGUGGUGGGAUGAUGUGUUACACAUAACGGUUUGGUUCCUCACAUAACACCACGUACCAAAUUUUUCUUCCUCUCUUACUACACGAGUUUGUCAACGCAAAUCAGUUUUAUUUAUUUAUUUAAAAAAAUUUAGUUUCUAGUUACACAAAACUUUUGUUUGACUUAUUUUAUGUGGCUUCCUUCAAGCCCUCCAUUCUGAACAGAUACCUAAGGCUGCUUCUGCUUUCUACAAAUCACUGACACUGGAGACUCUUCAGAUCUGCUCAGUCAUUCACUAUAUUGUUAUCUAUAGAAAUGAUCAUUUGAAACAAGUUCAUUCUUUAAACCUGUGAUUCGUAUCGCAGCCGACAGUAUUGACUGCUAUGAUUAAAGACAUCAAUGCUGUAGUCUAAACCUCAACAUUACAGUACUUUUAUUAAGUAGAGUCCAAACCCUUAAAAAUCCUCCACAAUCCUGAUUUUGUGCAAAUCUGAAGAUGUGUCUCUUUCACCGCUCACAUGUGGUUCAUAGAGGAAAGAACUGUUCCCUGAAGGUUUACACAUUUGUUCUUUACUGCUAAAAGGCUGUAUAUAAAUAAAAAUAACAUUUUUAUACCUUAUAGUAAUGAAUUCAAUUUCUACAACUUCAACUUAUGGGUUUCAUUCUUACGGUUAAAUUACAAAUAAAUCACAUAAGUGUAAGAGUUGAAUAAGUUGAAGUUGUGUGAUCCGAUUAAAUUUAUUACUAGAGAGAAAACAAUUACUUUUUUCCAUUUUAUAAAGAGUUCGUGUUUCCUAACUGCAGGAUGUGUAAUUUAAUGAACGCUUGUAUGUAUAUUUGUGCCAUUUGAAGUGCUACAUGGUCAAAAGAAGAAUGCUGAUGAAAUAAAUCUAUUUAUAAAU